CUCACUUCGAAUAGUCAAGUCAAAUUGAAGUGCAAUAUUUCGUGUAACUAUAAAUAAUUUACAUUAUGUCGCAGUUUGAGAUUUUCAGGUUCGUGAAGAAUGUUAUUUAUUUGAAUCGAAAUAUGAUUACACAAUUUGUGUAAAUAUUGCAAUAAUAUACAAAUGCUGAGCACACAAUUACUGUAAUGUUCGAUUACUGUAUAUGACACGGGCGAUACAGCUGUGACGUCUUGGAGUGGCGAGCCGGCGCUAUUCUCGUUCCUGCGAUCAAUACCGCGUUAUCAAGCUAUGUGGAUGUUUGUAUGCGCGUAGUAUACACACAGCGCUUGAAUGAGUUCGUCGCGAGUGAUAACAUCGGAGCGCUAUAAACCUCCUAACAUUAAUUUUGUUGAGGAAAUGUGAAAUUUUAACCAAAAAUGCCGCUGCCUGAUCUGCUGAAACGAGCCUCAAGUUAUUUCUUAGGUCUAGAAUUCGAGGAUAACGAAGAACCGCCUGAUUACGUCGACAAUGAAAUUUUGUUUUGCAAGAACAACGUCUGCGUGCAUCCGCCGACGAUCGCUAGGCAUGAGUUGGACAUUGUACAUCAUCCUGGGUACUUAACAGUGACGACGAAGGUAUUCACUGACCAGCACAACAACGCUAAACGGCCCACGCUCUUCCUAAAUUGGAUCCCCAAUUCAACUCUGCGACGAUGUCCCUCAGCGGUAGAGACGAGUCCGAACGAGGAAUUGGCUUCUGCUAAUAAGUAUUUAAACACUAAAAACCUCAUCAAAUCUAACGACACUAACAAACCUGAGAAGAGGGAUGCUAAUAACGAAAAUGCAUUUUCCGAUUCUUCUGAAACAACUAGCAUAAAUUCCAAUUCUGACAAAAAUAGUAUUAAAUCUACAGAUACACGGUACACUCCCAACGACACGACUCAGGAUGAGUUGUCGUCAAGUUCGAAGCCGACUGUUAAAUCUGUUGAUUCGACGAAGGACGCCUAUACGAGUUUUGAAAAAGAUGAGUCGAAAGAUGAAGUGUUUGUGUACGACAAGCACGUGCGCUCGCAAUCUAUGACAUCGGUUAACAUAACGAUUGCUAAUCCGACUAUUGAGAACGUGGACCUGACCCCUGACUCGUUGUCGGGCGACCGGUUUAUACGUUCGGUUUCUAUGAGCUCUUGUGACGAGGGCAAUCCUAAUUGGAUGAGCACGCCUGAAUUCUUGGCACUUAAGCACAAUUUGGUUUUCCCGGACAGCGUCCACAGUUCUCCAGUUCCGCAAAGGAGGGCUCCCAUCAAAUGUCGAAGAUUCUCAGUAGACCUCAGUCAAAUGCGGUCUCUGCGAUUAUUCUUCAACGACGACAACUGCACAUGUGGACAACUGGUGGUAGCGUCAAGGGAAUCCCAGUAUAAGAUACUGCAUUUCCAUCACGGUGGAUUGGAUCACUUAGCCCAGGUCUUGCACCGAUGGCAUUCACUGUUACACAAUAUCAAGCUCACUCCAGGAUCCGAAGAACCGAACCUCCCGUACCGUCAUUUUAUGGUUUGCCGCCCAGAAGUUCAAAAAUCGGAACAGCACCCCGAAGAAGGAAAAGUACCCAAAAUCACGCCCGAACUUUUUUACGGGAAGGUCAUGAACGGGAAAGGCGUUAUUGAAGACGAUUUGUUCUUGAGGAAAUGUGUCUUCUUCGGUGGCUUGGACAAAGAGUUAAGAAGGGAAGUCUGGCCAUUUCUCCUUCACUGCUAUCCAUAUAACUCGACUUACGACGAAAGGGAAAUAAUCUUACAAAUAAGGACCAGAGAAUAUGAAGAGAUAUCAAGAAGAAGAUUAGAAAAGAUGACACCGGAACAACAUGCCGUAUUCUGGAAAACUGUGCAAUGUGUCAUUGAAAAAGACGUGGUCAGAACAGAUAGGGGGAAUCCGUUUUUUGCUGGAGAAGAUAACUACAAUAUAGAGAUAAUGAAGAAUAUUUUGCUAAAUUAUGCUGUUUAUAAUCCAGUGUUAGGGUACACGCAAGGAAUGAGCGAUCUGUUGGCACCGGUCCUUUGCGAGAUCAAAUGCGAGGCCGAGGCUUUCUGGUGCUUUGUGGGCCUCAUGCAGCGAGCUAUCUUCGUCUGCACGCCCACUGACAAUGACAUGGAUAACAAUCUUAGCUACCUUCGAGAGUUGAUCAGGAUAAUGCUGCCACAUUUCUACAAACAUUUGGAGAAACAUGUAGAUGCAAUGGAAUUGCUGUUCUGUCACCGUUGGAUCUUGUUAUGCUUCAAGCGCGAGUUUACGGAGACAGUGGCACUGCGCAUGUGGGAGGCGUGUUGGGCGAACUACCAGACCGACUACUUCCACCUGUUUCUGUGCCUGGCCAUCAUAGCCGUGUAUGCUGAUGACGUCAUCGCUCAGGACCUCAACACCGACGAGAUGUUGCUGCACUUCAGCUCUCUAGCAAUGUACAUGGACGGUCGCCUAAUCCUGCGCAAGGCGCGCGGCCUGCUGCACCAGUUCCGUCAGCUGCCGCGCAUUCCAUGCACUCUGGCGGGCAUGUGCCAGCGUUGCGGCCCGGGAAUAUGGGACUCCACACACCGCCCCAGUGUUGAGUGCACCGGCGCGCACGAUGUUUGCGAAUACGCCGUACAGUAGGCUGGAUGCACCACGUAAAAGGGGUUGUUAGACUAGCCAAUCCGUCCUGAGCGAUGCGUCAAGGCCAUGGGCGCUGCGAUCAGGAUCGUGUAAUCGGUGAGGAGUAACCAUGGCAACCACGAUCUCGACCUAGUCUAACAGCGUCGAAGUGUAAUUAUUUACCGCUAAAGUUUGUUACAUUGUGAACCAUAAUAAUGCCGGGAUAGUUAUUGCUCCUGCUUCACUUGCGUUCAUAUUAAUGUCGGGUAACAACUGAAUGAGCUUCAUUAGGGGCCUCUGUGAAAGCUGGUACCUACUAGGGUUGGUGAGGCGGGCCAUCGACCUAGACAUAUACAUUUGAAAGAGGGUAUCCUAAUUCUGACUUCCCGGUGUGAAGUGCACCGUCACUCUCGAUUCUGAGAAUACGCUGUGACAGAAAGCAUUAAGUACUUACUUAAAGUUUUUAAAACGACAUAAAGUAUCUACUGAGAUAAUUAUUUAUUGCUUCGGCAUGUUUCACUCGUGUUAGCUCGCAUCUGGGGGCUCUAUUGAACCCUCCUAACCUCUAAUAACCUUGACACCAGUGUUGUGAGGGCGAUGUCCGACCACAACAUACAAUUUCACUGAUUGGCUGGACAAAUGAUGAGCGCUGAAGGAUCUGGCCGCCGCAGAUUUAGACUCAAGUGAAGCAGCAGCAUAUCAGAGCUUUGAAUAAACCAUGCACAAUAAUUAGCAAAUGCAAAUAUAUUUUCGUAAACUGUGUAGGAAAAUGUUUUAUAUUUCAUACGCUAUCUGAUGCAUCGUAACUUAAUGUAGGAAACUUGAUUGGCAUUCUAUCAAUAUCGUUUAUUUCUCCUUGGUCUGUGGAUAUGUCUAAGAUAUUCAAUCCAUGGAAGUAUAAUAAGUACUUACCAACAUAUUCCAAUGCUUAUUGGGAUGUUAGGCAUACUUACAAUAUGAGGCGAACCAGCCAUCGACAGCGUUUCAAUUAUAUAAAACGGCUUUAAGUUUGAGCUUACUAAAUACGCAUUAUAAUGGAAUUGGUUCGGUGGAUGUAUUCUAUACUUAGUUAGGAACAAUUUGUAUGCAUUGGUUUAGAAGAGAGGGAAUUCAGUUUACUGAUAAAUAUUGGGAGAAGUAACAUUGUGGCAUACCUAUAGAGUGGCAUAACCAGAAAAUGUAUAAGGGACCCCCAGAACUCCCACAGAACUCCAAAUGUUCAAAUACCUAAUUAAAAACUAUUAGUUACCUAUAUUUUGUAUAUUUAGGUACAUUAGGUACAGUUAGCUCGACCGUAUAGAUGGCGAUACGACUCACCACCUAUCACGUUGGUGUAACAGAAAUCUCGGUGACGUGUGGGUACUUAGUUCAUCUUGCAAAUGUAUCUCUGACUAUCCCAGUUGGGAUAUAUCGUGUGUAGUUAUGUUAUUAGAUACAUUUACUUACUUUACUACCUACAUUUAUUAAAUUUUGUUGCUCUCUAAAUACCUCAUAUUUUUAACGAUUUAUAUAUAAUUUAAAUAUGUAAUUAUAUAAUGGUGAGCCUGUUUUUCUUAUUCGAAAAGCGCCUUUCUCAACAGGUAUUAUUCAGAGCUAUGCCACACUAUUGAUAUACCAAUGAUAAGAUUAAGUCAGCUUUUUAGUACAAAGUGAUAGUAUUAUAAAAUUAAAUAUACAAAGAAAUAUAAGUACCUAUUUAGAGUUGUUCUGUUGGGCAUUUAAGACAUUAUCAUCAUAUCAAUGUGGGUAAAUGUUUCAUAUUAUAGAGUAGCGAUUCCAGUGGUGAGCUGAGACAAUUUAGAUUCCACAACAACGAGCUAUUUUACUGUGAAGGCGCGUUAGUUAACUGACGGCCACGGUGGUCCAGUAGUUCAGCGUUGGGCUCACGAUCCGCAGGUCCUGGGUUCGCUUCUCGGUGAGGACACGCUUAACAAAAAUCUUUGUGAGACUGUCGCUGGUUUAGUCAGGACUUUGCAGGCUGAAAUAACCUGAUUGUCCGAAAAAUAAGCUGAUGAGUCUCGACUAUAUUAGUUGUUAAAUGAGCCACGUCAGAACCCAUUGGUGGCUCGAUAAUAACCCUGACACUGAAGUUCAUGAAGUAGGUAAUUGAUUUCAAUUCUCACAAGAGAAUCGCGAACUGUUAAAUGUAAGCAUUCUCUGUCAUAGCUCAGCUUAGCCUCUCCGGUGGAAUCAUUACUUAAACUUUUAACUUGAGUUAGGUGUGUAUGUACCUAAUACUGUACCUUUUAGGUAUUUCUAUUGAAUGUAACUGUUAUGUAUUUACAUGUAUCCAUACAUUAGGUCACUAAUGAGGCUUUUUGAACCCGUAAAUACUUACAUAAGGCAAAUUUUUUCAGGAAAGCUCAGGUAAAGAGUGGGUACUAGUUCAUGUUGCGACGGAUGUACUUAGCUCUGACCAGCCCAACGGGAAAUAUAGUCGUCUCAUUUUAAGUUAUCUUUAUGAUUCUCAUUUAAAGCCACAAAAUGUAAUAGAUGUCACAAAACCCUCGCUGUUCCUUGUCACACUCCCGUAAUGUGACGUGACGUAAUGUAUGGACUCGGAAUACAAGAAAGAAGUUUGAAGGGCCCUAACUCGGAGAACCGCUGUCGCCGGUUCAACCCCACUUUUUUUAUUACUAAGUACUCCUGCAAACAGGUAAAGAACUACGAUACCUGUACUGCUGAUGCUGCUGUGGUUUCAAACUCCAUAGCCACUUUACCGGCUAUGUAUAUUUUUUGUGCAACUUUAUCAUUACUUUUCGUAAAAUACCUACUGCACAGAAUAUUUUGAUAAAUAGCCGAUCAUACUAAGAUUUUCAGCUUUCCUGUGAUAAGGAGAGAUCUCCUAGCAUCAUAGUCGUUAUUUGUUUUUUUUUGCCCUGUAGGUUAUAAUGCACUAGACGGACUUUUGAUAAUUAUACUAUCGCGGAGCUCCGUUCGUCGUAAUGUUUGCGGACGAGUGGAGUGCAAAGUUGAAGUAUGAACUAUCUGCUCAUACGUAUAUGUAAGGCCCUUCCAACCUCUUUAUUCUAUUCCGUGGACAGUCAUGAGAAAUAUAAUGUACCCACUUUAGGACUCUGUCGCACUAACAUAAUAUUUGACAUUUAGUGAGACUUACAGUUCAAAUUGUCAAACAAGUUAAUGUGACAUGGUACCAAAGUGUAUACAUUAUUAAUGCUCGUGACCGGACAUCUCAAAUAGAUAAUAUUGGUAUCUUCUUAGGGAAAUUUGUCAUAUCAGCGACCAAGGUAAUUAAUGGUGUACCAUAUUAUUGAAUAUUAUUAUGCUGUUAUAGUUAUUCUUAUUACUUAUUAUUAUUACGAAUUAAUGUUCGCUUCUUGUUAAACGAAUUACCUGGGACUAAGUACCUUUAUAGAUUAGACAUUCAUCAUGUUAAUAUUCAACGGGUAUACCUUAUGGUUUAUCGUUUAAUUAACAAAGUAAUAAAAAUAGAACUUACUAUUUAAGUUGUCUUUUUGAAGUUUAAUCUACUUACAUAAUUAAAGUGCGCCCACUAACUCGGAGCAGCGUGGUGAAUUAUGCUCCAUAUCCCCUCCGGUUGAUCGAGGGGGGCAUGUGCCCAGCAGUGGGACGUAUAUAGACUGUUCAUGUUUUGAAGUUAUUUUUGUUGAACAGUAAUUUAAAAUUUGGGACUGUUAUUAGCCCCAUAUAUUAUCGCCGAUCCUGUUUUUUUAUGAAUUCUAUAGUAUAGGCUUUAAUUCAUUGAAACACAUUUUAUUUUUUAAAUGUAGGUAACCUACCUACUUUAAUUACUGAUACUAGUAGCUAGGUUUUUAAUACUAGCUGGUUAGUGCCUGCUUUGUAAAGCAUCUUCUUUAUUUACCAUAAUUAUUAAAAUAAUAACAUGCGCAAUGUACCUAGUUACCUAUCUGCAUUAUAGUAUCUAUACAGUGAAUUGCACUGCACUAUACCUACAUUAGUAUAGUUUGCCAUCUUAUGACUUUGCCCACCUUGUAACCACCAUUACGUCAUAUCAAAUAGGUAUUUAAUACAAUGUAAGUAGGUAAUUAUAACCAUAGAUUGAACUCUCAAAAAACAUGUAAGUACAUAGUAAGCAAAUCUAUCAACAAAAAAAAAAGGCAAAGUAAAAAUAUGUAAUUUUUAAUGAUAGAUUUGCAAUGAGAGUUUGAAUGUUUACCUAAAUAUAAUACAAAAUUCUCGAAACAAUGUUUAUUUUUUCGCAUAUUGUGAAUUGUUACGCGUAUUCUGUGAUAUGUACUUGAUCUGCUUGUAAUAUAAUGUAAAAGUUGAUGAUAAUUGAGUGAAAAUAUAAUAUAAAUAUAACUACCUUACGUAGUUUAUAUAUAUGAGUCAUAUUAUGUUAGAAAUAAAUGUACGAGCAUUCAAAA